CGCCGACAGCCGCACGCGCAGGCGCCGACACUCCGUCCUUUUUUAUAAACGGCAAUAACUAUUGAUAUUGCUUUUAAUCAACAAUAAGUCACGUAACCGCUGUGUUUAAUUAUUAAAAUCAUUAUAAAGUUGCCAUCGUCGAAGCAAGUGUCUUAGAAAUAGUGGAAAGUGCAAAAUAUAAGAGCAAAAUGUAUCGUGUGAAGGUGAUUGAGGUGGCACAGGAAUACCAAAAGAACUCUGGAUUGUCACCUGAUGAUAUUGGAAAGCUACGUGAAUGGCUGAUGACUCAACCCCACCUACCGUCCAAAUAUAUCACCGACUUGGAUCUAAUCCUAACGUACCACUGCUGCGAGAACAGUGCCGAGGUGAGCAAGCAGGUGUUGGACUUGCAUUUCACGCUAAAGACCCUUUUCACUGCUUUCUUCAGCCGACGCGUCCUCGAUCAACGCCUGCGCACUGCACUGACAACUGCUCUGAUCCAGCCGCUGCCCACACCUUCAGUAAACGGCUACAGAGUCAUAUACUGCCGUCUGCUCGACACUGACUCUAAAAACUUCAUCUUUUGUGACAUCGUCAAGCUCUUCUUAAUGGUAUUCGAGCUGUGGCAGUACGAAGAAGGAACCUGGCCAGGUUUCGUAAUAUUGAUCGAUAUGGACCAGGCAACGUUGGCCCACAUCGCCCAACUGGACAUCAUGAGCGUAAAGCAGGUGCUUUACUUCUUGCAGGAAAGUAUGCUUGUGAAGCUAAAGGAAGUUCACUUCUUGAACGCAACACCUUUGAUCGACAAACUGAUGAUGCUUAUCAAGCCCUUCAUGAAGAAGGAGCUGCUUGACAUCCUUCGCAUCCACAAGCGAGAUUCGGACACGCUAGACCCUUUUGUUCAUGCUCACUCUCUUCCCAAAGAGGACGGGGGUGAAUUUAAGAGUAGAAACGCGCUUAAAGAAGAGCAGUUAAGUCGAAUCGAGGCAAACCUGGACUUUUUCGAAAAAGAAAGCAAGAAACGAGUUGACGAGUCUGCUCGGCCGGGCAAGAAGAUCACCAUCGAACAUGUGUUCGGAACACAAGGCAGCUUCAAGAAACUCGAUAUAGAUUGACAACGAUCACAAAUCAUACGCCCAUUAUCUUUGUUGUUCUUUUGGGUGUUUAUUUAAUUUAUGGGCGAAAGGUUUAAUUAUUCUAGACUAGGAAGUUUUAAAACACUUAAAUGCGCAAAAUGUAAUAUUAAAAGAAUAAAAUAAUUGUUUUUUUAUAAAUGUUAAAAAAUCUGUUUGAGGAAAUCAUGUAAAAUACGCGAAAAAAUUCUCGACGACUGUAAUAUUAUUAUGUAUGACUUUA